AUGCUUCACCCGACGCAUGGGAUGCGGCUGGGGCCCGAGGCUUCGUUUCCCGCAACCCUCCAUCACGUCGGCAUGGAGAGUGCUGGUCAUUACUACAACAUCCAUGCGCUCGCGCAGCAGAUGCCAUACGCGAGCUAUUGCGACCAAUUCACGCCGCAGUACCAGAAUAUCUCAGGGCAAACGGCUGGUUCCGAGGCCCAGCCGGCAGCCUCGUAUCAAAACGCAGGGCCGCCGACUUUGGCGCGCCAUCACGCUUCGGUCGCGCAGCAGCCGCAGCAGCCGCAGCAGCCGCAGCAGAAGCAGCCCAUUACGCGUAGGAAGCGAAAGCGUGGCAGGGAGGAGGUCCAGCCGGAGGAGAAAGCUGCUGCUACCAGGGCUUCUGUUACUGCCAAGAAGCCUACUGCCAAGAAGCCUGCUACCAAGAAGCGAAAGCUGAACACGGCGGCAGGGGCGCACCAAACCGCGACAUGCGAUGCGACAUGCGAUGCGACAGCGAGCUCAAGUGUCAAGCUGGCAAAAGCACUAAACAUGGAAAUGUACGAUAAGUACCGCGAGUCACUCGAGACCGCUAGAAUACCAGAAGUCAUCCUUCAUAGAAGGGACUCGAAAGAUGUCAAUUGGAUCAACUUUGACGAAGUGACGCACAUUGUCUUGAAGUCCUACCGACGGGAGCAAGAGCGAAUCACGGAAAAAGUAAAAGUGGCGUACAACAUUCAUUUUCCCUUCGUCACCUGGUCGUUUCUCAAGCGCAUCCUCGAAGCAGCCCUCUUCGGCAACACGGAGACUCUGAAGUACGUCACCGCGUGCGUCUACGAGCAGCGCGAGUUCAUCGUCUUCGCGAAGAGCUCCCUCGCAGACCCCGGGAAGGUGGCGGGUAGGACCCUCGAGGUAACCCUCGGCUUGACAGAGGGCGAGAACAGGUUGCAGGACCCUAUACAGGCGAUCUGGCAGCCAGCUGGAAGCCAGCUCAUUAAUAAUCUGCAAGGCACGCUCCCGAACCGCGACGUGGAGAUUUUUGACAAUGCAUGGUGGCAGGACGCCGAAAGGGGGUUAAAGGAACCCGUCAACGAGAAGUGGUUGGAGGAUAAGAGUGCUCUGUGGGUGAGUAAAGUCAAGAUGCUGGCAACGGCGCCGUCAAGCUACGAUGAUGCUAUGGACAAAGGGACAAAGUACAGGCAUGCACAGCUGGUUCUCUCAGUACCCCCAGUGGCGUGGAAGCGACUCUUCUUGGAUACUGAAAAGGAGAAGGGAAAUGCGGACAAAGACAAAAUCGAGGACUCGCUGCAAAAGCUGGAAGGCGGAAGGGAGAAUGCCAAACAGAGGAAUGCCUUGAAAGCCAGAAAGAAAAAACUGGAGGGCAGGCUGGAUUCGCUGGAAAACGAAAACAGGAUUCUUGUGCAAGUCAACUCUAUAUGGAUGAGUCGACAAAUUCUUGUACACGACGGGCAACAGUACCACUGGGUAUUUUAUGGCGAAGAGACGCGCAGGUGGAUGAUUCCCGUCAAGAAUCUGCUCGGACGGGUCGGACCAUAG